AUGGAUGCACAACGAGAAGAUAUAACAAGGAUAUCGGUUGAUACUCUUCAAGACUGGCAGCGAGUCAAAGCCAAUUUCACCGAUGCUGCCUUAACAGUCUUGGACGAACAGCUCGCCGCGCGCACGUCAAGUCUCGACAGAGAUGUGCUUCGUGAGUAUGUUCAGCGGUUCGUGGAGAGGACGUUUGAGAUGACCAAACCCAACGUCCGCAUCAAUGGACGCAACUACGAGGAGCUGGAUGAAGACGAGCAGGAAGAAGAACCAUUCGACGAAGGAUUCGACAGGCACAUAUGGUCUCUCUCCGAGCAGAGUUUGAAAUGGGAUCGUGAACUCGCAGACAAGCGACGCGAGAAGCCCAGAGAAGUGGAGAGACUUGUGCAUGAACUCAUCGAGAGUCGGAGAGCAGCUGAAGAUGCGAGUUUCCCUGAAGAUGUUGAUGGACUCGAGGAUGAAGGUCCGAAGGAGGAUGUACCAGAUACUACGUACGAGAAUUCGGAGCAGGUCUCGCGAGAAGUAUACGCUAUUUCUGAAGAGCUCAAACAGUCUGUCCCCGUCCAAUUGGAACGAUCUGAACGAGUUAGAAAUGUUGCCACGGAGAUCAAAUCGUUGAAGUUGUGA